AUGACGGUCCGUGAUAACACUAGCUUGGUGGCCUCGAACAGGGAGGAGGUUCAAUGUCUGGUUCCUAGCUUGGGAGACAGUGGAAACACCAAAGACGAACGCGAAAUCGUCGAGUUGGAUGCCGUUACGGCAUCACACCUCGAGCACUGUUCCUCUGUGUAUAAUGCCUCCCAAGACAUGGUUCUUAUGGCAGUAUGGGCACUGGUCCUCCGUAAGUAUACCGGAGGUGAUCAGCAACGAUUUGCUGUCUUUGCAGAGGGACCGGGAAAAUCUGAGGGCGUGAUAUAUCAAGCUCUUCUCGAUGGCCAGAUGGAUUUCAAGGCAUUGGCACAGAGCGGCAGCUGGCAAGUAUUGCCGUAUGACGGAAAGGAUUCGUCCAUCAACACGGCUUUGUUUCUGAGCGCCGAUCAGGGCUCCCGGGCAGGACUCGAGGACGAACUUCCUUCAGUCAAGCGGCUUGAUCUCGCCCUUGUGUUUAACCGGGCGCACCAACGAAGAACCCUUACCUUGCACGUGGACCUGAAAAGCUGGUCAAGAACGUCGGCUAGAGCCCUAGCAAGCGCCAUCACACAAGGCAUCUUCAGUGCCAUCAUCGCACCAGAGCCCAAAAUCCGAGACGUUGAUCUAUUUUCACCGUCACACCAAGAGCAAUUGGCAUCAUGGCAGGGUCUCCCGCUGACGAAUCCUGAUCGCUCAUUCCUUUUCGAAUACGUGGUUUCCCAGGCCCAACAGCAUCCUGCCGAUGUUGCCGUCGAUGCUUGGGAUGGGCAAUUCACCUACCAGGAACUCGACGAUGUAGCGUACACUCUGGCCACCGAACUCCAGGCCCACGGCGUGAGAUCCGGGGUCUUUGUCCCAGUUUGCUUUGACAAGACCCGCUGGGCAAUCUCUGCACUGCUCGCAAUCAACAGAGCUGGCGGAGCAUUUGUGCCUUGUGAUCCCUCUCACCCGAUGCAGCGCCGGAAGGAAAUCAUCCAGAGAGUGAAAGCAUCCGUGGUUCUCACAGACUCGGGCCAGGCGCAUCUUUUUGAUGAGUUUCCAGGACUCACGGUCAUAGUUGUUCCCCGUGCACCUCCGAGUCUUUCCACUUUUUUCUCACCAAGGGCUUAUCAUAAGCCCGACCUACCCGAAGCGCCAGCAUAUGCUCUUUUCACGUCUGGUAGUACUGGCAAACCAAAAGCUUGCGAAAUCUCGCAUAUUGCUUUUGCUAGCAUCUCAAGACACAGUGCCGCACUGCACCUCAACUCAAAUACCCGCGUCCUCCAAUUCGCCUCUUAUGCGUUUGGGAUGUCAAUCAUUGAGAUCUUUUGUACACUGUGCGUCGGCGGUACAGUCUGCAUACCAUCCGCAGGUCAGCGUUUGAACUCUCUAGCUGCUACUAUGACGGAAAUGAAGAUCAAUUGGGCCCUCAUGACACCCACAGUGCUCGGCUCACUGCACCCUUGCAAUCUACCCUACUUGCGACACCUCCUCAUCGCAGGCGAGGCGCUUGGUGUGUCUCAACUCAAGACAUGGGCUCAUUCGGUAUCCCUUUACCAGGCAUACGGCUUUACCGAGUGGACCGGCAUCUUUGCUGUCUCAGAACGAAUAUCAUCACUUGACAAAAGCAAAACCAUUGGAACGCCAGUGGAUGGACGUGCCUGGCUAGUCGACCCAGAUGAUUCCGCCAAGCUGGCCCCGAUCGGUGCCCUCGGAGAGCUGGCAAUUACCGGCCCUGGGCUCGCCACUGGUUAUUAUGGAGACGCAGAACGCACCAACAGGGCUUUUUUCUCCCAUCUUCCGUGGCUCAUAGAUUGGGAGGGAAUUGAUCCAUCUUGUAAGGUGUACACCACCGGCGACAUCAUGCGGUACAAUCCCGAUGGAUCGCUUUCAUAUAUCGAGCGCAAAGACCACCAAGUCAAGAUCCGCGGGAUGAGGGUGGAGCUGGGCGAGGUGGAAUGCGAACUGCUAGAAUCAUUACCUUCAGUGAAACGCGUCGUUGCCAUGGUUUUGAAGCCUCAUGGGGUUGCCCAGGGACAAAUACUGGUGGCCUUCCUGCUUUUCUCCCAGGAUACUCCGUCCUUGGAGAUCCGAGCAGUUGGAAAGGAUACAGGCAUUCAAGCUCUGACGUUGGAACCAAACGGCCUUCAAGCCGUGACUGAGAGCAAACAGCGCUUGCAGGAGCGUUUGCCUGACUACAUGGUGCCGCAGUUUCUGCUGCCCGUCAUCGAUCUGCCGACGACAGUCACCGGCAAGAUCGACCGACAGAGAUUAGGCUCUGUUGCGAACCAAUGGACAAUCGAAGAACUGCACCAAUGGACAGGACUGCACCGAACAGAGCAUCGAUCACCAAGGACGCCGAGUGAACAGAUUCUGUGCGCCAAAGUGUGCGAGUUACUAGGUAUUGACAAGUGUAGUAUGCUGGACAGCUUUUUUGAGCUCGGAGGAGACUCUGUGGCCGCCAUGAAGCUGGUUGGAAUCCUGCGCGGCAACGGUGCCUCGAUAACCGUUGCUACUGUUUUUCGCAAACCUGUACUGGCAGAUCUAGCAAAGACCAUGGUUUUUGAAAGCAAAGCCGCAGUGACGAGCGGAACACCUUUUGCAUUACUGCAGUCAGGUUCAGUUUCCCAUGCUGAAAUAAUUAGGGAAUCUGCAGAGCAGAGUGGCCUGCUUGAUAACCAAAUUAUUGAUGCAUAUCCUUGCACCCCGUUGCAGGAGGGACUUUGUGCGCUCUCGGUCCGUGAUCCCCGCGCGUACAAAGCCAGAGUUAUAUUCGAAUUGGCCCCUGGGGUGGAUCCGGGCGCAGUGAGAGGGGCCUGGGAGCGGGUCGUCCGUAUGAAUGACAUCCUGCGUACACGAUUCAUUGCGGCUUCAACCCAUGGCACAAUCCAAGCCGUUACAAGCGAAGCCUUUCAGUGGGAUUACGCUGACGAUGCUGAGCGUUACCAGGCGGAAGUUGAAGAAGAGCCCAUGGGCAUUGGAAGCAGAUUAGUGCGGGCUUGUCUCGUUACGACAUCUAACCAGCGGCAUACGUUCAUUUUGACCCUCCAUCACGGGUUGUGUGAUCGAUGGUCCAUUCGGCUGCUCCUAGAGCAGAUGGAGGCACUCAUUGCCGGCCGGGCAGCGGGGUCCGAGAGACGUUUUCGGCCAUUUAUUCACCACAUCAUCGACGCAAAACCAGUAUUUCGGGAGUUCUGGAUGGACCAGUUCGAAAACCUCAAUGCAAUUGCAUUUCCUGAGCUUCCGCAUGUAGACUACACCCCGAACGUCGACAAUGUCAAAACGUACGACUUACAGCUACCUAAUCAUUUAUCCAAUGGCCGCAUCACUAUGGCAUCGCGUAUCAGACUGGCUUGGGCGGUUGUUCUUGCACAAAACACAAGCAAGGACGACGUUGUCUUUGGCUCGACGAUUACCGGACGAUCAGCCGAUAUCCCCGGUAUUGAGGAGCUGUCUGGGCCAACAAUCGCCACCGUCCCAUUGCGCGUCAAACUCAACCCAAAUGACUCUGUGGAGGCCGCGCUUUGUGCUUUGCAGGAACAGCUGACCGACAUCAUUCCGUUUGAGCAGGCUGGACUGCAGAAUAUUCAGGGUUACGGUGUCCAGGCAGCCUCAGCAUGUGCGUUUCAGAGCCACCUCACUAUUCAGCCUGUUUACGGAAAGCCACCGAGCUUUUCCGUGACUUACCAAGACGGUGCAGCUUCUAUGGGAGGAUUCCACACAUACGCCCUCGCGUUGGAGUGCUGGCUCGCCGAGGAUGAAGGUCCUAUGCGGGUCACGGUUUCAUUCGACUCGACGGUUCUAAACCUCGCUCGUGUCGACCGUCUGAUAGACCAUUUGGAAUCCCUCCUUUGGUUAAUAGUGGAAGACUCGGGUCGAAACCUAUCAGAGAUUAUGCGUAUCGGUUCCGGUGAUAUCCAGAAAAUGAUGGAAUGGAAUUCAACUGUUCCUGAAAAGCCAAAGAUAACCGUACACCAGGUGUUUCAGGAGCGGAUGCUUGAGGCUCCUCAAAACCUCGCUAUCUGUGCGUCAGAUGGACAGCUCACCUAUGGAGAACUUUACCAGAGGUCUGGUCAACUAGCGAAUGAGCUCAUUGCUCGGGAAGCACGCCCAGGUAUGAUGAUCCCUAUUUACAUCGAGAAAAGCUAUCUUGCUGUUAUCGCCAUGCUAGCUGUCAUAAGGGCGGGAGCCAGUAUCGUUCUACUGGAUCCUUCAUACCCCUUGGAACGGGUCAGAGCAAUCGUUUCACAAUCAAACUCGCACUUGGUAAUCUGUUCGAGAAAAUACGCCGCGACUAAUAUCUCCGAGGCGGUUCGGCCGCUCGUCGUUGAGUCAUCUUCAGGCAUUUGGAGCAAGAGCUCUGACACGAACGCUCUGCCUGCGGUUCCGUCCGAAAGCGUCCUUUAUCUAAUAUUCACCUCGGGAUCCACUGGUGAGCCAAAGGGCGUGGUGAAUGACCAUGGAUCCUUCAUUGCGUCCGCCCAGGGCUACACACCUGUAGUCAAGAUAUCGAGGGGCUCCCGCGUGCUGCAAUUCUCGUCCUUUGCGUUUGACGCUUGCUUCAUUGAGAUAUUUGCCACAUUAAUGGCUGGUGGUUGCGUCUGUGUCCCGUCCGACGAGCAGCGUCUGGACGACAUUCCUUCUGUUAUCAACCGGAUGCAAGUCACUCAUGCCGUCAUUCCGCCUUCCUUUUCGCGGGUACUCAAGUCACACGAAUUGCCGUCGCUGAAGGCAGUCUGGCUGGUUGGUGAGCCUGUGUUUGAAUCGGAUGUUAACGAUUGGAUCGACCGGGUUCGCGUACUCAAUGGCUAUGGCCCUGCAGAGUGUGCGGUUGUGACUACGGUGCAGCACUACAAUCCGGAAACGAGCUAUCACCCGCAAGAUAUAGGGAAUCCGUGCGGCUGUGUGCUCUGGGUGUGCGAUACCCGAGACUACGAAAAGCUUGUCCCGGUCGGAGUCACAGGCGAGCUGUAUAUUGAGGGGCCUAUCAUUGGCGGUGGCUACCUCGGUGAUUCUGUCAAGACAGCAGCAGCUUUCCUUGAGCCUCCUAAAUGGCUGCAGGUGUUGCGUAACGGCAAAUGCUCCAGGGUGUACAAGACCGGCGACCUUGUUCGCUUUACGGAAGAUGGUCGGCUACGGAUUCUGGGACGCAUAGGAGAUCAGUUCAAGCUGAGAGGACAACGGAUAGACCCUGCGAACGUGGAAUAUCGUUUGCUUCAGGAUUUCCAGGGCACAGUUGCAGUGGGUGCAGCUAUUGCGGCGCCAAAGGGGGCCGAGGAACACCCAAUGCUGGUGGGAUUUGUUCUGGAGCACCAGACAAACCAGCCGUAUCCCGCUACUCCUGUCAAUCUUUUUGUUCCUCCGACCCAAGGUUUUAGACAGCGAAGUGCCGUCGCUCGCGCGAAACUGCAAGAGAGGCUACCCUCCUUCAUGGUCCCGUCAUUGAUCAUCCCAGUCUAUUCAAUACCACGCAAUGCAUCAGGCAAGCUGGACCGCAGGCGUUUACAACAAGAGAUCACGUCCAGGACACGAGAAGAGCUUAUGCAGUACGAGAUGUCCGGUGAUGGCUACCUGGAUGCGACCACCGAUACAGAACGCGAACUGCAAGCCAUAUGGGCGCGCGUGCUACAACUACCACUCAAUACUGUUGGAGUCAAUCAAAGCUUUUUCAGUCUUGGGGGAGACUCAAUCACGGCCAUGCUUGUGGUCGCCGAAGCGCGAGCGUCUCAACUUCGCAUAAGCAUCACGGUUGAUGAUAUGUUCCGGCUGCGGAAUAUCCAAAAACUUUCACUACGGGCAGAGCAGAACAAUGCUGAUUUUAUCCCCAAAAGGAGCAAUGAUGAGUUUGAUACACCCUUCGAUCUGUCCUCCAUUCAACGACUCUUUUUUGAUACAAACCCCGAUGGGCAGAAUCGGUUCAGCCAUAACCUGUUCCUACGCCUUAAGCGACCCAUUAGUUGUGAACGACUCAACACGGCACUUGAAAAGGUUGUGGCUGCGCAUCCCAUGCUGAGAGCACGAUUUCAAAAGGUCAGUGAGGGUCUGUGGCAGCAGGUCAUACCGAGUCAAAUCGAGGAAUCCUUUCGAUGUCGGUCACACUCCUGCUCGGACAAGUCCAUGGUUGAGGCGCACAUCAACGACAGCCAGGGCGCACUUGAUAUCGUCUCAGGUCCUUUAUUCUCUGCUGAUAUUUUUGAGGUCAAUGGCGAUCAGUUCGUCUUUCUUCUCGCCCAUCACCUCGCGGUGGACAUGAUCUCUUGGACAGCUAUACUGCCCGACCUCGAGACCGCCAUAGAGGGCAACGAUCUCCCAGCGCCAACGUCAACUUCUUUCCAGUAUUGGUCCAAGCUUCUUGCAAGUCGGGGCGGCGAACACCUCCCUAAGCCGGACGACCGGGCUUUAUCGCAGGAUACGAUAUCGUUUUGGGGCAUUUCCGAGGGAUUGAACACACUGGCGCAAACCCAAGAGAUCGUGGUAACGCUUGAUGUUAAAUUAACGGAGGCGAUACUAGGUGACGCCAACAAGCCCCUCGGAACAAAGCCUAAUGAACUUCUCCUUGCUGCUCUUUUAUUUGCAUUCACGGAAGCAUUUCCUACACGCCCGGUGCCAACCGUCAACUUAGAAGGUCAUGGACGGGAGCCCUGGACCCCAGAGGUUGACCUCACCCAGACUGUGGGAUGGUUUACCACAUUGGCCCCGAUCACUGUCGACUUAUGUGCUGGACUCGACGUGUUUCAAGCUGUGCGAAUGGUGAAAGACUGCAGGCGCAAGCUUUCAAAGAACGGACUAGAUGCAUUCACCACCCGGUAUCAUAGCAAAAUCAAUGACAAUUUAGCAGGACCUGGAGCUAUGGAAGUCGUUUUCAACUAUGGCGGGCGGUUUCACCAGCAGCUCAACCGGCAGGGAAGCAUUUUUGAGAUUGAGUCACUGCGGGAGCGAAGCAUCUUUGACGCAGCUGGUGAAUUCAGGAGGUGGUCCCUGGUCGACAUCAACAGCUUUGUGGAGGAUGAAAGGCUCACGCUUACUUUUACUGUCCCGAAGGGCUGUAGCCGUGACCAAGUUCUUGACCCAUGGAUCUCGAUUUUCCAGAACACCUUGAGGACUGUGGCAACCGAGUUCAGCGGGCUUACCAGAUCUUACACCCUGACUGACUUUCCCUUGUUGGAACUGGACUAUCCCCGCCUGGACCUUCUGCAGUCGUCCUUGUCCUCCGCGCAAAUCAAUCUGGAAGAUGUUGAGACUAUCUACCCGUGCGCGCCAGUUCAGCGGGGAAUACUACUCAGUCAGGCCAGGAACCCCAAUCAUUACCACAUUGCAGUCACCUGGGAAGUCAUGACAUUGGAUGGCACUAGUGUGCUGCUUGAGCGGGUGGAAGAGUCGCUGAAUCGAGUUAUUGCCCGCCACGACUGUUUCCGAACAUGUUUCAUUGAAACGACCUCCGAGCACGGGGUCUACGACCAAAUGGUUUUGAAAACCGUUCAAGCAGAUAUUCCUGUCACGUACAGCCAAUAUGAGGGUCUACAGGCGCUAGCUGAUGCAGACCGGCACUUCCAGCUCUCCCCCCAGUAUCCGAGUCGGUUUGCUAUUGUUGUUUCUGAGGACCACCGAGUCUAUGUGCGGAUUGACAUCUCCCACGCAUUGACGGAUGCGACUUCACUCGAAUUAAUUGCCAAGAGCAUAUCCUUCGCUUAUACCGGCCAGCAAGAUCUAUCUCCAGCCCCGGAGUAUGGGGGCUAUGUCGAGUUCCUUGCCAAGCAGGAUAAGGAAGGUAGUCGGGCCUUCUGGGAGGACUAUCUGAGAGACUGCGAUGCAUGCCUAUUUCCAUCUCUCACCGACUGCCCAGAGGGUCACGUAGAUCGCAAUCGCGACUUUACCAUUGAUAUACCCCAGAUGGAGGAGGUCCAUGUGUACUGCAGGGAGUAUGACGUGACGGCUGUCAAUGUGUUUUGCCUUGCGUGGGGCUUGGUCUUGCGAUCCUACGUUGGUACAGAUAGUGUUUGUUUUGGGUACCUGAGCUCAGGCCGAGAGCUGCCUUUCGAUGGGGCAGACACCGUCUGUGGUCCUCUCAUCAACAUGAUGACAAUGCGAGUGGCAUUUGAUGAGCCUGGGCUUUCGAUUGGAGAGUUGGUUCGACGAUUCCACGACGACCACGUGUCUUGCUUGGUGCAUCAGACCUUCUCGCUCGCUGAAGAACUUCACCAAACAGGUAGCAAAGAUGUCGGAGGGCUCUUCAAUACGGCACUUUCCGUUCAGCGGGUUUUACCCAAACAGCGAGGCUCAAGCGGGAUAGUGCUCGAACUUGUUGAACGUGACGGUCCAUCCGAGUAUGCUAUUGCGUUGAACAUCGAGAUGGAAGAAGCUCGUACAGUUGUCCAUCUCCGACACUGGCUAUCCUGUGUCUCUGAGGACCAUGCAUCUCUCAUAGCUUCCUCGUUUGCUCACGCCGUGGGCCAGAUUGUUACCAAUGAUCACCUCACUCCUCCCCAAAUCGGUAUGAUAUCCCCAGACCAUGAGGCCCUGCUAUGGAAGUGGAACGAACAUAUACCAUCUACGCCAGUUCUCAGCAUUCAGGACGCUUUUCGCAAGCGUGUCUAUGAGCAGCCUCAGGCGGUGGCGGUUUGCACUUCUUCUACCAACCUCUCGUACAAGGAGUUAGACGCACUGUCCGAUGCGUUAGCCUACCAUCUGGUUCAAAGCGGAAUUGCACAGAAUCAAUUCGUACCACUUUGCUUCGAGAAGAGCCUUUGGACUGUGGUUGCUUUAAUGGCAGUCAUCAAGGCUGGAAGUGCAUUUGUCCUCCUUGACGCAACUCAUCCGGACCAGAGACUGCAGACGGUGUGCGAGGAUCUGGGGGGCUCAAUGAUUUUAGCGUCCCCCCAGCAGCACGACCGCUGCGCACAGUUUGCAAAGACGGUAAUCCAGCUUGGAGGUGAAGAUGACCCCUGGGAUCAUCUCAUUUCGGCGAAGCAUCUCCCACUUACCUGCGUCAGUCCAGAUAGCCCUCUCUGUGCAGUCUUUACAUCGGGCUCGACAGGAAAGCCGAAAGGUGCUAUCCUGACGCACGGCUCAGUUUCUGCUAUGAUCGAGGCAGCCACACCUCUAUGGGAGGUAACUCGCUCGGCAAGGUUCCUCCAGUUCGCUUCCUACGCCUUCGACGCGAGUGUGUUUGAGAUGCUUCUGGCCCUCGUGAAUGGCGCAACAUCUUGUAUAUUGUCUGAGGUGGAGCGCCGGGACAUUCUCUCCGAGAGCAUGGCGCAAUUGCGCGUGUCUCAUUGCUUCAUGACGCCCUCGGUGGCACGUAUGGUCAACCCUGAAAUGCUACCACAUCUCAAGGUUCUUGGCUGCGGCGGAGAACCAAUGACUCAACUGGAUAUCCAGCGCUGGGCGGGCCAUGUGCGCCUUCUGAACGGAUAUGGCCCUGCGGAAUGCAGUAUUGAGGCGACUAUCCAGCCAUCGGUUGAUUCUUCCUCUCGUCCAGAUAACAUCGGACGUGCCGCGGGUUGCGCGGCAUGGGUGGUGGAUCCGAAUGACCCUGAGCAUCUAGCCCCCAUAGGAGCUAUCGGCGAGUUAUUGGUUGAGGGCCCAAUUGUUGGGAAGGGCUACCUUAACAAUACCCAAGCUACCGAAGCCGCGUUUCUUCAACCGCCGUCUUGGUUGAGGUGUAUGCGGAAGCGUCUGGAUCCAAAUACCAGGCUAUACCGCACAGGAGAUCUCGUGCGCUAUCGCCCGAACGGACAGCUUUGCAUUGUUGGACGGAAGGAUUCGCAAAUCAAAGUACGCGGUCAGCGCAUUGAGCUCGGCGAGGUUGAAUUCCAAGUGCACAGUGUUUUUGAAGGCGUGAAGCAGGUAGCUGUUGAGCUGGCAGACAAUGGAACGGGAGAGGGGCCGGCCUUAUAUGCGUUCGUCAGCUUCGAAAUCGAGCAUGGAUCGAACGAUGCCGACCCUUUUCCCAUGCCCAGCGAACAGUUUCGGGCCUUGGCUGCCGCCGCCAGUGGCCAGCUGUUUGACCGUCUCCCAACGUACAUGGUGCCCAGUUACUUUAUUCCACUGCAGACAAUGCCGUUGAACCCCUCGGGGAAGGCAAAUCGUAAGCGCCUCCGAGCUUUCCUGGGUACUUUGACGGCGGAGCAGCGGCGCUUGUAUCGCCCCUUUGCUCCGAACGGAGAUGACGUAGCCUCACCAGACGCCCGCCUUUUGCAGGGGAUCUGGGUGGAGGUUUUGGGGUUGGAACCGUCGACGAUUGGAAGCGAGGCCCAUUUCUUUCAGUUAGGAGGGGAUUCUGUCAUCGCCAUGAAAGUCGCAGCGUCGGCUCGAAGAAACGGCCUCGACAUAUCUGUGGCAGACAUCUUCGCCCAGCCUAAAUUAUCCGACCUGGCUCGGGCGGGUCGAUCGAAAGAGAUUCAACGCUUUGAGCCAGUACCGUUUUCAUUAUGUCCCCUGGAGGACACCAAACUACUAUGCGCGGUCCUCCGUUCCCGGGGAACCAUUCCCCCAGGAGCAGGCGUUGUCGAUAUCCUCCCUGCGUCGGCUGGCCAGGCCUUCUUUUUGGAGCGACCGACCCUUCACCACUUCACUUUCGAUAUCGAAGGAGAACUAGAUAUCGUCGGCCUCCAUGAUGCGUGCGCGCUUGUUUACUCCCAGUUCGAUAUCCUCCGGACCGUGUUCAUCAGCCACCGGGGACAGAUCCUCCAAAUCAUUCUAGACAAUUUGCAAGUUCCCUUCUAUCAUGUUGCGUUGGAUGAAAAGCCAGGCAAGGUAAACGAGCGUUUCCGCCACGCUGACUAUGAAGAUAUUCGACCGCUGGGCACUCUGCAAUUUGCCUUUGUCGUCUUCUCAAAUCCCAAUACCUUGCAGCAUCAGCUCGUCUUCAGAAUAUCCCAUGCGCAAUGGGAUGGUCUCUCUGUUGGCCGGCUAUUCAGCAGCGUUGCGGAUGCCUACCAUGGGCGAGCCGUCUCUGCUACCACGCCGCUCUCCAGUGUCAUUUACUACCGCGCGGCACGCGAUCGCUCUUCGUCUCUGGCAUUCUGGAGGGACUAUCUACAAGGUUCUACAGUUACAAGUAUCUUCGAGACCCCUGGCAGCGCUGUAGACUUCGCUCAAGGCACCACAAUAUGGGAGAACAGGAACCUGCAGCCUUCACCGAAUCCUCCCAAGGGCUUUACAAUGGCCACGGUCGUGAAGGCCGCCUGGGCGCUCACUCUCGCCGAGGAUCAGAACGCCCUCGAUCUAGUCUUUGGCCAGACCGUCAACGCCCGAAGCUCGCCAAUCGAAAAUAUCGACAAAGUGCUCGGCUGCUGUCUCAACUUCAUCCCUGUGCGAGUCACAAUCCAACCAGACUGGACUGCCAAAACCCUCCUCAGCCAUGUCCAGACACAGCAUCGGAAAACAGCGGCACACGAUGACAUUGAGCUCGACGAAAUUACAGACAGCUGUACCGACUGGGCCCCCGGGUCCCAUCUGAGCACCAUUGUCCAGCACCAAAACAUCCCACUCGACCAUGUGAUGCCUCUGAAGGGUCUACAGACCAAGUUCGCACUACAUGGACUGUUCAGGCCCACACACGAGCUGUUUAUCUUUACCGAGCCAUACGAGGCCUUCUUGAGUGUGCAGUUGUGUGUCAACCCUAAUGUGAUGAGCUUGGAUAGGUCGAAGGCAUUGCACGCUAAGCUGGCUGAGAGGAUCGUGGCGAUUUGUGAGAGGCCGGAUGAUCUGGUUCAAGAUGCCGCCUCUCACAUGGAUGUAGCGGUCCCAGAGUAA